AUUUCAUAUUUAAUUUACAGUAUUUUUACUUUAUUUUCUUUCUAACAUACAUGUUAUCUUUAAUUUAUAAUUAUUUAAAAUUUAAUUAUUUUACAAUAUAUAUUUUAAUAUUAUCUGAUAAAUUAAUAUUAAAAUUAAUUAUAUUACAUAUAAUUAUAAUAUUUUAGCAAAUAAAAGUUUUUUUUGUGUAUUUAGAGUUUUAAAUUAAGUCGAUUAAAUGAUCGAUUAUCGUUUUAUAGUACCUUCUUGCCAUGUCUACUUUUGUUGUAACAUCCUUUUCGUUGCAAAUCGAUCAUAAUUUUGAAAAAUUCAAUCGUUUUCGUUAGAGGAGAGAAUCUUUUUCUAUAGAAAAAAGACUGAUUUGGUUAUAUUAUGAUAAAUCAACAUUUGAGCCCGAAAUGAAUAGUUUGUUUUCAUGUUAAAGCACAACCGGCUGAUUUCAAGUGUGUUUAUACUUCGCUCUUAUUUUUUUUCUAUCUUUGUUGACCGAUCAUUUUACGUGCCAGAAACGCGCUAGCGUGUCGACCGGUAAGACGUAUGAAAUCGUAUAGUUCUUGUACUAAAAAUAAAAAAUUAUUUUAAAUUCGUGAUAUCUCCAAAUUGUGCUUCCAAUUAGUUUGCUUUUAAAUUUCCUUUUCGCAUUUAAAUUCAUGUGACAAUAAAUACAUAUUUAUACUACAGUGCUUUUCGCGAUUCAUUAUUUUGAAAGAACAAGUGGUUGUUAAAGGAAAAUACAAAAUGUAUUUCAAUUCAAAAUUUGGCAAUCGUAAUCCAAUGAGAAUGGCUAGAGGAAGAGGAAUAGCACAAAGCAAUUUAUCUUCCAAUGAAUGUCUUUGUAAUAGACCACAUGGUUUUGUGCUCUGCAAUGUUUGUGGUUAUUUGACAAAGGGCAGAGUACGUUAUUUCUGUCCUAUUCAUCCACAGACAAUUUUUUUGCUUGAUAUUGCUCAAUGUCCUCAAUUUAAUCACGCAAUGGACAUUGGCUUUACUUUUUAUCAAAAUAUAAUGCAAAAAUCUGACGAAGAAGAAGAAGCAAAAAAGGAUAAAGGAUAUAUAUGUAACGUAACUUGUGUUGCUGGUAAUACCGAUUCGAAACCAGAAGAGAGCGCAGCACCAUCGAUGCUUAGGUCAAAUUUGCAAGAAGAAGAAUGGGAUUAUUGUGAGGACGACGAAGAAAAGUGACAGAUAUACAUUGCAGGAAAAAUUAUAAGCUUCAUUGAUAAGUAAUCUAUUGUAGCUUUUAUAUUGCUUAUAUUUUAAAAAUAUUAAUUUCAAAUUGAUACUAUAUAUUAAACUUAAUAAAUAAUACGACAAAUAA